CGCUGAGCCCUGGUUUGAAGGACCCUUGUCUUGUUCUUCGCAUAGUCACCCUGCGUUGCUUCCCAUCCAACAUCCUCAAUCUAAAACGUCUUCUUCACCACAGGACCAUAGGCACGCGUAACAUAAUCUCUUUCUCUCUCUCUCUCUCUCUCUGUGUCACUCAAACACCCAUGGAUCGGCAGGAGAGCCAAGCAACCAGCAGUGCGAGACCAUGCUUGAAGCGGAAGCAGGAUCCAGAAUUUGAAGGCCAAAACCAGGCUCGCAAGAUUCUCGUCGUCGAAGACCCAAACAGAGACGUGCAAUCAAACUCAACCGCCACAAGUGCCUCCUUUUCCAGACCCCAUUGGAAUUAUGACGUCUUCCUAAGUUUUAGAGGUAAAGAUACCCGCAAGAACUUCACCGAUCACCUCUACUCCGCUUUGGCACGAGUCGGAAUUCGUACCUUUCGAGAUGACGAGGAGCUUCGAAGAGGAAAGACCAUCUCUACUGAGCUACUCAAUGCAAUUCGUGGAUCGAGAAUUUCCAUUGUGGUAUUGUCCAAAGGCUAUGCUUCUUCUCGGUGGUGCCUUGAUGAACUUGUGGAGAUCGUGCAUUGUAGGAAUACCACAGGCCACACUCUUCUUCCUUUAUUUUAUCACGUGAACCCCUCUGAUGUCCGAAGACAAGCGGGAACUUUUGCUGAAGCGUUUGCUAAGCAUGAAGAGCGGUUUCAGACCGAUAUGGACAGGGUGCGAAGGUGGAGAGUAGCUCUUACUGAGGCCGCAAAUUGUUCUGGCUGGAAUCUCUCGAGUCUUGCAAAUGGGUAUGAAUCAAGCUUCAUUGAGAAGAUUGUUGCACAAGUUUCCUGUGAAGUGGAACCCAUUGGCUUGAAUGUUGCUAGACACCCAAUAGGAAUAAAUUGUCGUGUUGAUCAGGUUAAAGAUUUAUUAAAUCUUGGAACAAGUGACGUUCGCAUUAUAGGCAUUUAUGGGAUGGGUGGAAUAGGUAAAACAACCAUCACAAAAGCUGUCUAUAACCAAAUAUGUUAUGGGUUUGAAGGAAGUAGUUGUCUUUUAAACAUUAAAGAAAUUUCAGAACAGCCUAAUGGUUUAGUUCGAUUACAAGAACAACUUCUUUAUGAUAUAUUAAAAAUGAAGAAUUUGAAGAUUGACAGUGUUGAUCGAGGAAUCAGUUUGAUUGAGAAAAGAAUUCAUGGAAAAAGAGUUCUUGUUGUUCUUGAUGACGUGGAUAACAUUAAGCAAUUACACGCAUUAGUCGGAAACUCAAAAUGGUUUGGUCCGGGAAGUAGAGUCAUUGCAACAACUAGAGAUGAAGAUAUGCUAAUUAAACUUGACGUACAUGGAAAAUAUAAGGUUGAAGAAUUGGGAGAGGAAGAGUCUCUUCAACUUUUCAAUUUGAACGCCUUCGGCAUGCGUCAUGUAAAAGAAGAUUUCUUGGAGCUUUCAAUUGGUGCAAUGAAGUAUUGCAGAGGACUUCCAUUAGCUCUUGAAGUUUUGGGUUCUUUUUUAUUAGGAAGAAGUGUUGGUGAAUGGAAAAGCAAAUUGGAAAAAUUACAAAAAAUUCCUCAUCACCAAAUUCAAGAAAUACUUAGAAUAAGUUUAAAAUCACUAGAUGAUAGUACAAUGGAUGUAUUUCUUGAUAUUGCAUGUUUCUUUGUCGGUAUGGAUAAAGAAUAUGUCAUCAAUAUACUUAAUGCAUGUGGUUUCUUUUCAGUUAUUGGUAUCAAUAUUCUCACUCAGAGAUCCCUAGUGACAAUUGAUUACGGAAAUAAGUUGAGGAUGCAUGAUCUUAUUCGAGAUAUGGGAAGGGAGAUUAUUCGUGAAAAGUCACCCAAUUUGCCAGGAAAACGUAGUAGGUUGUGGUUUCGCGAGGAUGUCUUAAAUGUAUUACGCAGGCAUACGGUAAGAGGCAUAUUCAUUUAUAUGUAUGAACGAAUGCACUUACACAGUCACAUAAUGUCUUAUGUAGGUAUAUAUUAGCAUUUUGCCUUUUGGCCAAGCGUGCAUCAUAGUCAAAUAAUAUAUUAA